AAAAAAAAAAGGAAGAGAGAGAGAGGCAACUUCUCUCUUGAGGACAGUUUCCAUAUCCGUAUUCAUGCAGUUUCCAUAGAACAUAUAUUACUCAGUUUGUGUCCGAAAACUUGGAAGUUUGUCUCUUGUCUGAUUAGUUUAUCUUUCUCGGAAACUUCUUCAGAAAAGAUUCUGGAAACUUCCAUAGCGGUUCAAUGGGAAACACGAUCGAUUCCUUCUUCUCCGGCUUCUUCAAUUCCAUCGGAAACCUCUUUCGAUCCCCACUUGAUUUCCUCUCCGGCAAGUCAUGCAGCUCUGUCUGUGAAUCGCCAUGGGAUUUCAUCUGCUUCGUCGAGCAUUUCUGCGUCGCCCAUCUGGUGAAAAUGGCGAUCAUCCUCAUCUUUUCAUAUCUCUUUCUUCUGUUCAUCUACGUGUUAUACAAAGUGGGUUUCUUCCAGUGCAUCGUCCAUGGCCUCUGUUCAAUCUCAUGGGCUUUUCUCUCGUGCUGGUUCUCUUCCUGCAAGUUUUGCCUCACUUUCCUCUGCUCCGACCUCAUAAACCCUAACCCUAGACGUCGACACAGAAAACGCCGAUCGGAAAACGCGUUUUACGCGGAAGAAGAUACGUAUUCGCCGCCUCCUCGAAGGUUCGGAACCCGUGGAAGAGAAGAGCGUAUGAGAAAGUCGCUUAGGCCGAGGAGCCAUCGCGUUAGGGUUUGGGUUCGGAGGAAUGGCGAUUCUUUGGAUCGAUACGGCGGUCGAAAUCAGGAUUAUGGAUCGGUUCGUGGCAUUCGAGUGAGCAGAUCGUCUAAAUUCGCGCGUAAAGGGUCGAAAUAUCGACGUCGAUGAAUCUAAACUUGAGUAGUUUGAUCGAAAAAACGAGCUAAGGAAAAACUCCAAUUGAGUUGGUUAAGGAGCAUGGGAAAAAAUCAUGAGGUCCAAGGUUCGACUUCUUGCCGCUCCUUGAUGCGGGUCUAGAAAAAAUUUUAAGUGGGGGUAUUUAUUUGUAUAUAAUGGGGAUAAAAUUUAUUUUUUUAAAAUUGUGUUAAAUUUAUAAAGAAAUUUGUUUUUUUUUAAUGUUAUGGGGCACAUGCCCCCACUGAUUACAAUAUAGGUCUGCCAGUACUCUCACAUGUCGCCUAUCAGCUACGACUGGUUUAUCUCCUAUGUGUGUGUUACAGGCUCGUAUGCGUGGGUUUGAGGUUUUCUUUGGUCUGCGAUGCUGUCUUGAUGCCGUUCUCGUCCGACCCAUUGGACUGUGAACCGUUACGGUGUCCAGUGUCCGAUCCGAAAGGUUGUAG